AUGGAACCCAUAGCCACUUCCCUCUGGAGCAGUUUCCGGCGGCUUCCUCCGGCGGCCGUCCCGACAACGCUAGACUGUAUACUGGCUUCGACUGGCUCAUCUCCAUCUUCACUUUUCUCUUCUCUUCUCAAUGAAUUUCCUAAUCUCACCAAGGAAAUUACCGAGGGAACUAAAAAGUUGAAUUCUGAGCAGACUAACCAUAUAGGGUCAUAUGUGGCUGCUCUCUGUCACCUUCUUAAAAAGUUUGGAUCGAAUAACAAUUCUGUGCAAUUGUUUAUAUGGAGAAUUUUAAUUCCGUUGAUGGAGUUAAUACAUGCAUAUGAUCGAGAAAUACUUGAUGAGGCUGCAAGUUUGUUCCUUGAUGUUGUAACUGACACAAGCAGUUGGGACGUUGUUGAAGCAAUCAUGGUGCCUCUUCUGUUAAGAUCAAUCGGUCUGUCAAUGGGAAUGCUUCAGAGUGAUGAAUUCGCAAUUUAUGACUGGAGUUCAAGCUCAAUUGUUCAAGGUUUUUAUACCCAACUAAAUACACCAGAGCCCUUCCAUUCUUCCCAUGACAAGCUGACUGAUGUGAACCUGAAUAAUGAUUCCAUAGUAUCUCAGUCUUACAAUUUCCCAUUGCCUGUAUCUUGUCAUAUUUUAUCCUUAUUAUUAAAUGCUGCUCUACAAAGCAAACAUACAUCCGGAAGUGAAUCUGUUGAAAUUUUGGCAAAUGGGUCCCGCGAAAAAAUACUUGCUGGAAAUAUGCUUUCUGACCUUUCUAAUAUGACACUUCAAAUGCUUUCACAACGUACGGAGCAUCGGUCUUCCGCAAUUAGAUUUCUCCUACCAUUUAUAUUUAAAGCAUUUGAAUAUAAUCGUGCUUUUGAAGUAUCAUUUCAUGGGAAAAAUCACACACUAACCAGGGAGCAUCUUUUUGUUAAAGUCUGGAAAUGCUGCAAGGUACUGUUUUCUUUGGGGCCGUUGGAGAGACGCGAUGCAUAUGAUAUACUUUCUCUAUAUUUAUCUUUUUCUUCUUUGACUGAUGGACACGAAGAUGUCAAUGGGGAUGACAGAGAAGAAACAUUUGAUUUGAGAGAUAAUUGGGAAUUUUGGGUUGAAGUAAAAAGAGGCUUGCUCGAUAAGGAGAGUUUAGUGAGGAAGCAGUCAUUGUAUAUCUUGAAAACAACAUUGAACUUGAGCGGUCAAGGACAAAACUACUCUGGUGUUCCAGAAAAAGUAUCAGAUGAUAGAAGUUCAGUUUCUCACAGCAUGAGCAAAAGGGGAAGGUGGGCUGACAAGGAAGCCAAGUCAUUGGGUGUCGGAAGAAUAUGCAAUUCCACUGAAUCCAGUUUCACAGGUUGGCAGAGGUGGGAGGCAUUUGUUUUUCUCUAUCAAAUGCUUGAAGAAUAUGGUACUCAUUUAGUUGAAGCAGCAUGGAAUCACCAGAUUACCCUAUUGCUCAGUCCUCCAUUUUCAUUGGGCAAUACAAUAAUUUCUUGUAAUGGAGGGAUCCAUCUAAAUCAGAUGGAGACUGUCAAGGAAAUUUGUGAGUGGUUAGCAGUCUUGUUGGAACGUGGCUUCUGUCACGAUAACCCUCAAGUAAGGUGUAUCAUCAUGCAGUCAUUCUUGGCUCUUGAGUGGAGCGACUACGGAAGCUCUAUAAAUUCAGUGCCUGAAGAUUUCAUACUCGGUCCAUUUAUUAAAGGGUUGAAUGAUCCUGUGCACCACAAAGAUUUUGGUGUCAAAGGAGUCUAUUCCUCGUGGGCAAUAGAAGCGGCAGCCAAAUUUCUAUCCCAAUACACCAGCUAUAUGGAUGGGAGGAAGCAUAUUGCAUUCUUGGUCAAUCUGUCAUCUGUUUCCAAAAAUUAUUCUUUUGGACGAACUGGACUGAUGUGCCUUGCUGAGUGCAUUGCUUCGGCUGCCUGUGGAUUUCUGAAACAUAACGAUCAUGAAGCUGAGCUUUGUUUUGACGCUUAUCCUGACAAGAUCCGUGUAAAAUCUGGACUAGAAAACUCUUCGCACUAUGAUAAGGCGGACUUAUUGGAUGCUUUGCGUUUUAUUCUUGAGUGCUGCAAACAACAUUUCAAUCAUAAUUACCGGCAUCAAGUCUGUGAAAAGAUACUAGCUGCGGCUGAUUCAGUGAUGUCUUCCCUUGAUAUACCUCUUGAGAUGCUUUUUCACUUCAUUUCUAGCCUGCCUCGGGAAUAUACUGAUUAUGGUGGUUCAUUGAGAUCUAAAGUUAAAAAAUGGCUGUUGAAGUGUGAUGAAGCGGAGCUUUUGAAGUGUAUAGGUGGAUUCCAUAAAAGUUUUGUCAGUUGUCAUCUUCCAGUAGAUUCUCUUUUUACAUAUGAUGACGAUGACUUGGCUGCAUGGGGAUCUGAAGCAAGACGAUGGACCAGAGUGCUUUUUCUUGUGAUUGAGGAUGAAAAACACUUGGAUCCUAUCAUUGCGUGUAUUCAGGAUCAUGGUAAUGAUAUCUGCAAACGGAACAAUUUGGAGUGGUUGCCAGUGAAAUUUCUUAUCCUCAUGUCCAGCUUGGUUCAAGAACUUCAAGUAAUCAAAGACAGGACUGCCGGCUAUCGUUUGACAAGAAGAAUGAAGACAGAGACAGAGAUCCCUAGGAUGGUAGAUUCUCCAAGUUUUGUGAAAGAAACUAUUUUUGAGAAGUUCACCAAACUACUUUUCUCAUUACUGGCAGAACUGUUCUUAUAUACCAAAUCAUCAUGUUCCAUAUUCUGGUCUACUGUGGUGGAAGAGGAUGGGAUUCUUCCAGCUUCCAUCACAGGUAGGUUAGGGGGUCCAAGUCGGCGGAGGUUGUCAUCUUCUGUCGGUACUUCUGUUUUGCAAGCUGUAACAUCUCUGAAGACUCUUGCAUCUGUCUUGAGGUGGUGUGUGCAGAAUGGAAGAGAUGAUGCUUCACUCAAUUUUUCUCUUACCUUCCUUUGGAAUUUCUGUUGGAAAGUUAUUACAUCUUCAACUUGUAAAUCAGAGACUGAAGAUGAAAUAUCCAUGGCGGCAUAUGAAGCAAUAGCCUACAUUUUGAAGGAUUUGGCAUCUGUGUUUUCACUAUCUUUGGAUCUCCUAAUGAAGACUGGUAGCUCAUCUCCAUCAGAUGCUGAUAGGGAACCGAUAUUAGAUAUCUUUCUUAGUACUUUUAUCGGGAAUAUCAAUAAUCUUGUUGCUGGGGGUAAUUUAGCACGGACCCGACGGGCAAUUUUGAUGAACUGGAAGUGGAGUUGCAUAGAAUCUCUGUUAACAAUGCCAAACUUUGCACUUCGGGAAGGAGUUCAUGUGAAGGGUGGUAGAUUUUACUUCUCAGACACGAUUAUCAGAUGGAUUUUUGGUGAUCUUGUUGAAAGUCUUGAAAAUGCUGGAGAAGUCUCUGUUUUGCCCAUGCUGAGAUCAGUCAGGUUAACCAUGGAACUGUUUGCUUUAGGAAGAAUGGGUUCGGUUGUUUCCUCCUGCGAAGGCAUAAAUACUCAGAUGAUGUGGCAGUUAGUACAUUCUUCUUGGAUAUUGCACGUAAGCUGCAAAAAACGGAGGGUUGCUCCAAUUGCUGCUCUUCUAUCUUCUGUCUUGCACUAUUCGGUGUUUGGUGAUGAGGGUAUGCAUGAAACAGACAAUGCACCUGGGCCAUUAAGAUGGUUCGUGGAGAAAAUUCUUGAGGAAGGCACAAAAAGUCCUCGCACUAUUCGCCUUGCUGCAUUGCAUUUAACUGGGCUUUGGCUUGCUAAUCCUAUUACAAUAAAAUUCUAUAUGAAAGAGCUGAAGUUACUAACACUAUAUGGUUCUGUUGCUUUUGACGAGGAUUUUGAAGCUGAAGUAGCUGAAAAUCAUGAUGCAAAGAAUGAGGUAUCACUGUUGUCGAAAAGCCUUGACCCUGAAUUAACUGAAGAAUUCAUCAACACAGAACUGUAUGCACGUGUAUCUGUAGCUGUAAUGUUCAACAAACUCGCAGACAUGGCAGAUUUGGUCAGUUCGACGGGUGAAAAUACUAACGGACUUGCUGGCAUUGCAUCUGGCAAAAUGUUUUUGCUAGAGCUUCUAAAUUUCGUGGUUAAUGACAAGGAUCUGGCUAAGGAGUUGUAUAAAAAAUACAGUGCUAUUCAUAGACGCAAAGUUCGUGCAUGGCAGAUGAUAUGUGUGUUGUCCCAAUUCGUUGAUCAAGAAAAUGUUGAGAAAGUGACAUCUAGUCUGCACAUAUCAAUUUAUAGAAGCAAUUUUCCCUCAGUUCGACAGUACAUGGAAACAUUCGCAAUCCAAAUAUAUUUGAAGUUCCCUUUACUGGUUGGGCAACAACUAGUUCCUCUGCUAAGGAAUUACAAUUUGCGAACUCAGGCUUUAUCAUCAUAUGUAUUCAUAGCAGCUAAUAUCAUUCUCCACUCAAAGGAAGAGAUCCAAUCUAGGCAUCUUGAUGAAUUACUUCCUCCUAUAAUUCCUUUGUUGACAUCACAUCAUCAUACUUUGCGGGGAUUUACGCAGAUAUUAGUGUAUCACGUUCUCCAAAAAUUGUUGCCUUCAUCAGAUGGUGGGUCUAGUUUCACCAUGUCCUUGGAGAAAAGGUGCUUUGAAGACUUGAAAUUUUACUUGGAGCAUAACUCGGACUGUGCACGUUUACGAGUGUCAAUGGACGGUUAUAUUGAUGCUUUUGAUCCUAUGAAGUCAAUUUUACCAGCUGGAAUUUUCACAAAUCGGGUUGAGGAACUUGAAUUUGAAUGUGUUCCAGCUACCCUCAUGGAUCGAGUUACUAACUUUUUAAAUGAUACUAGGGAAGAUCUCAGAUGCUCAAUGGCAAAUGAUGCUGCUUCUAUCAAGAAUGAUAGUUUCCGUACCAAUGAUGACCCCAAGUGCACUGAGAUGUUGAACUCCAAUGAAGGAGAAUUAUUAAUCCAGCUGCCAAAGGAUAUAUCAUAUGACUUUCAAAGAAAAAUCAGUUUUCCCAGACAUGAGAUGCAAGAGAUGGCUUCUACUUCCUUCUGGGACAAUAAAUCAUCAUACAGAUCACUUCUUGAUAUAGAAAAUGAAGAUCAGCUUCUUGAUAAUUUGCUACUCUCAAGAAGCAUGGCGACGGAUAAGUUAAGAGCAAGCCGACAACAAAUAAUUCUUGUAGCAUCACUUAUUGAUCGGAUACCUAAUCUUGCUGGAUUAGCACGAACUUGUGAGGUAUUUAGAGCAGCAGGACUAGCAGUUGCAGACAAAAGCAUAUUAAAGGACAAGCAGUUCCAACUCAUCAGCGUAACAGCAGAAAAGUGGGUUCCAGUUGUGGAAGUCCCAGAGAGAAGUUUGAAAAUUUUCUUGGAGAAGAAGAAGAAAGAGGGAUUUGCUCUCUUUGGUCUAGAGCAAACUGCAAAUAGCAUACCACUGGACCGAUGCGUUUUCCCUACAAAGACGGUAUUAGUCCUUGGCCGUGAAAAGGAGGGAAUCCCUGUGGAGAUAAUCCACAUGCUGGAUGCUUGUGUUGAAAUUCCACAGCUAGGAGUAGUUAGGUCACUCAACGUUCAUAUAUCGUGCCAUGGAAGGAAAAUCGUGAUAGUCGCUAUAUACAUAGAGACGCUGAGGAGGACCCAUCAACACCAACGUCGUUAUGAUCAUUUCCCUCGAGUUACUCAUGUUCAUAAUAAUUCAUACAAUAGGAAAGCCGAGCUUCUUAAGUACACAAGACACCUUCGAGAAUCCAAUCAUUCAGCUGGGGCAUCCUCUAUCACUUGCAUGAAACACCCUCCCAAGGUUCAGAUUACUCAUGCUGAUAGAACUACAAGCAAAACAAGAAGUGGAAGAACUCCAACUUAUGUAGGAAACUGGAAAUUCUUAUUACCUAACAUUUUCGGAUGCAUGACGAAAGACUCAGAAACUAAGAAGAUGACGACGACGACAAAGAUGAAAGGAAAUUUUAUGUCAAAACUGUUUGCAACAUUACGUAAAAAUUGA